CCUGAUUGGCUAAUGUGGCAAACGCCAACGGCUGCAGAGUUUAAACCUGAGCUUUGGCUGCGGGCGCCGGGCUCCGGGAGUUUGGUGGUGGUCCCUCCACGCUAAAAAAAAGCGUGAUGGAGUACCCAGUGACAGAAACUGGCUCACUUUUUACCUCAGGAAUUAAGAGACAUGUGAAAGACAAAAGAAUUUCAAGGACUGCUAAGUUGAAUGUUUCUCUUGCUUCAAAAAUCAAAACAAAAAUAAUAAACAAUUCUUCUAUUUUCAAAAUAUCUUUAAAGCACAACAACAGGGCAUUAGCUCAGGCUCUUAGUAGAGAGAAAGAGAAUUCUCGAAGAAUUACAACUGAAAAGAUGUUAUUGCAAAAAGAAGUGGAGAAACUGAAUUUCGAGAACACAUUUCUUCGCCUAAAGCUAAAUAAUUUGAAUAAAAAGCUUAUAGAAAUAGAAGCACUCACGAACAAUAACUUGAUAACUGCAAUUGAAAUGAGCACUCUUUCUGAGUUCCAUCAGAGUCCCUUCCUACUGCCAGCUAGCAAGAAGAAACGGGUUAGUAAACAGUGCAAGUCUAUGCAUCUUCCAUUUGCAAGGGUUCCAUUAACUUCAAAUGAUGAUGAUGAUGAUGAUGAUGAUGAUGACAACGAUGGCAAAGAGAAAAUGCAAUGUGACGACAACAUUGCAUCAAAGACAUCACUUGAUGUCCCCUCUUCAGUAUCAACAAGACAACCUUUAUCCACUCAGUGUAAUUUAGAAUCAUUCUGUCUUAAAGAAAAUAAUCAGAAUGUAUGUGGUUUAGAUGACUCAGAGCAUAUUUCUUCUGUUGAUAUACUUCCCAAAGAAAGCCAUUCCCACUCAGACCAAAGUUCCAAGAGUUCUCUAAUGAGUGAGAUGAAAAAUGCCCAGCCUAUCAACCACAGAAAGGAGAAACCAUUUUUUAGUAACAUAACUGAAAGGAAAAGACAUGUGUCAUUACCAGAAUCAAGUAAUCCUUCUGCAGACAAUCCCUGUAUUACAGACGUACAUCAACAACAGAUUUCAAGUCCAGAAUUAAAUUGGAAUAAUGAGAUAAAUGCUCAUACAAAUGAAAUGAAUUUUAAAAUGCCAAGAAACAUACAGUGCCUUCCUGACUCAUCGGAGUCUGCAAGUGAACCUUCUGCAGAGUGCAUGAAUCAAGUUCAGGGUACUGAUGACGACUUUCAACUGCAGAAAACUGUGUAUGAUGCUGACAUGGAUUUAACGGCUAGUGAAGUGAGCAAAAUUGUUGCAGUUUCAACAGGCACUAAAAAUAAAAGUAAUAAAAAACCAAAUGACUGUGGACCCAAAACUUUCAGAAAAGUGAAAGACUCAAGCUCUGAAAAAAAGAGAGAACUAUCAAAGAGACAAUUUAAAAAUAGUUCAGAUAUGAAUGUUGAGGAAAAGAUUCAAAAUGAACCAGAAAAGAGAUCUGUUGGCCUGAAUGGCAAAGUGAAUUCAGAAGAUCCCAGUUUUAUCCUCAACACUGAACACCUGACUCGGUUGAACAUACAGAAGACAAGAACCCUUCAUAAUGGCUUUGACCAAGAUGAAAAACAAAGUACAGAGAAUAGUAAGAAGAAAGGAAUGCAUGUAACAAAUGAGCAAGAGGAAACAUACCCUUUCUCCCAAAGUUCAGAUCAAUUCCAGCAGGAAAGUAAAUUUGAUAUGGUUCAGAGUGCUUUAGCUUAUAAUAAAAGUAAAGCUUCUAGACAGACAUUUGUGAUUCAUAAGUUAGAAAAAAGUAACUUAUUCCUAAGCCAAAAGGACAAAGAAACCAUUUCUGAAAACCUGGAAGUCACAAAUGAAUUUCAAACAGCUGAUCUUGCCACCCAACAUAAUAGAAAUUUAAGUGAUUAUGAGACCCAAAAUGUGUUGGAUUUGAAAAAGCAUGUCACUGAUAUGCAAACUGCUCAGCAAAAUGAUUCAAAAAUAAAUAAGAAGCUUAGGCAGAAAGUAAAUCGGAGGACAGAAAUAAUUGCUGAAAUGAACCAAAUAUAUGAGGAUAAUGAUAAAGAUGUGGAUGGCCCAGAAAAAGCUAACUUUUCCUCAACCCAAAAGGAUAAAAACAUCAUUUCUGGAAACCUAGAAGUUUCAAAUGAGUUUCAAAAACCUGCGCUUUCCACCAGCAAUAACAGAAAUCCAUGUGAUUGUGAGAAUGUGUUGGAUUUGGAAAAGCUGAUCACCGAUAUAUUCCCUGUUGGGCAAAAUGAAUCAAAAGUUAAUAAUCUUAGUCAGAAAGUAAAUCGGAAGACAGUAGUAAUUUCUGAAGUGAAUCAUUUAUAUAAUGAAAAAAAUGUGUAUUGCCCGGGAAAGGGUAACCCUUUCUUCCUAACCCAGAAGGAGAAAGAACUCAUCCCUGAAAACCUAGAAGACCCAAGUGAGUUUCAUAUACUUGGCCUUUCUACCAAAGACGGUGGAAACCUAUAUGAUUAUGAGACUCAGAAUGUUUUGGGGGUGCAAACGCAUGUCCAUGGUAAGCAACGUGCUUGUCAAAAUGAAUCAAAAAUAGGUAAGUUUAGGCAAAAGUUAUGUGGGAAGACAGAAAUGAUUUCUGAAAUCAACCAAACAUAUGGGAAUGAUGACCAAGGUGUGCAGAACCCAGAAAACAGUAACUUAUUUUCUCUAACCCAAAAGGAUAAAGAAAUCAUUCCUGAAAACCUAGAAGACUCAAAUGAAUUUCAGAUAGCUAUUCCUUCCACCAGAGGUAAUAGGAACCUCUGUGAUUAUGAGACUCGAAACAUUUUGGGGGAGAAAAAACAUGUUACUGAUAUGCCACCUGCAAAACAAAAUGGUUCAAAAAUAAAUAAGAGGCUCAGGCAUAAAGUAAGUACGAAGGCAGAAAUAAUUUCAGAAAUGAACCAAAUAAAUGGGAAUAAUGACAAAGAUGUGAAUCACCCAGAAAAAGGUAACUUUUUUUCCGUAACCCAAAAGGAUAAAGAAACUGUUUCUGAAAACCCAGAAAUCAUAAAUGAAUUUCCAACAGCUUAUCUUUCCGCCAAAGAUAUUAGCAAUUUAUAUGAUUAUGAGAUCCUGAAUAUGUUGGAUUUGAAAAAGCAUGUCACUGAUAUGCAACCUGCUCAGCAAAAUGAUUCAAAAGUAAAUAAGCUUAGGCAGAAUGUAAAUCGGAAGACAAAAAUAAUAUCUGAAAUGUACCAAGUAUAUGGGGAUAAUGAUAAAGAUAUGCACAGCCAAGAAAGUUCUACAAAAGAUCUUGAUUUUAAAGCAAAUGAAUCUAAACAAAAACUUGAAUGUCAGGGUAUUAUUAAUGGAUACUGUAUGGAAGUCAGUAGUAAUGAAAAUGAAAAUUGUGAUCAAAUUUCAAAUCCUUAUAAACGAGUUAAAAAGCAUGGGAAAGAAUCAUCAGGCAAGGCAAAGAACAUUUUGGCAAAAGAUAAAAACAAACCUAUUUUGCAGUUAACAGAUUUUUCACAGACUUCUCUCUCCUCUGAAUCAGGUUUAAAGCAUAUUACUAAUGAAGCAGAUGCUGAUUCUGGUAACCAAAUCGAAGAAACACAUAAGAAUCCAAAGGAAAGCACUACAACUCUGAAUAAAAAAAGUGACGAUAUCCACUGUGUGGAAGUGAAAAAAGGAGAGUGCCAGGUCAACAGAAGGAAUAAAACAUCCAAGUCAAAGAAAAGGAAAACCUUCAUAGAGCCUUCUCCAGACAGCCACGAAGUAAUAGAGAUAAUAUCUGACACCACUCAGGGACUAUCAGUUAAAUCUGAACAAGCUGAUGAGGAAAAAAAUUUGGAAAAUGAGAAAAUUAAGCCAGGGUUUUACACAAAGAUGGUUAACUCUUUAUCUCAGAUUUAUUCAACCAACAUACAAGAUUCUUCCCUUAACUGUGUUCAUGAAGGUUCAAGACCUUUGAGUAUUCCUUCUAGUAAAAAUCUGAUGAUAAAAGAAAAUUUUGCCCUGGAGAACUCACCAAUCUUUCAAGUAAGUGAUGAUGUGCAGGAGAAGAUGACAAAGAUGAAAUUUAAUGUCACCCGGAGAACACAAAAAUCAGGAAUAGGUGGUAGAACACUACAGGACUUGACAAAUACCAGUUAUGUUUCAGAUAACACUGUUAAAUCUGAAAGUAAGUCAGAAGAUUUACCUGUAGAGCUGCCAAGCCGAAGAAGAAAGUGCACGCCUCUCCAUUUCAAAGAGCCAAGUCUCAGAGACAAGAUGAGAAGAUGAGGUGAAUUUAUGGAUUCUGAUUUUUCUGAAUUCUAAAACCGUGACAAGUCAAAAUGGAUAAAACUAGAAUCAAGAAGAGGAACUGCAUGAUGAAAAGUUUUGUUUUAGUUUUUUUUGUUCUUCGUUUUCUGCCUUUUCAUGGAGUGUUGAUUUUUCCAUUCUUAUGUUUAGAUGUUUGUGCAUAAAAUAGCUAUACUGUAAUAUUAAUUUCAUUACAAAAUUUAAAAUCAUUUUGGUCAUCCUAUAACUUAUCUUCCUGCUCAUUUGUGCUUUUUUCAACCUGAUAGCCUUUAACUAAACAAUAGCUGUUAACCUUUUAACCAAAUAAAACGUAUUAUAAAUACUUUUGCAUUGGUUAUCUUGUUGUAUACCAAGUUUUCUUUUGUUUUAUUUUUAAACCAUUCAAUAUAUGUGAACACCUUUAAGAUUUUGAAAGUCUUCUGCCCCGGCCAAUUUUCUCUCACUCUUCAUUCUUCUACUUUCAGAAUUACUUAGUAAUCACAUAGGUGUCAGAUUCUGUGUUGCUUCUAUUAUGUGUCAUUUGAUGACUUUGUUGAGGGGGUUAACCUUUCAGGCUCUUUGAAUUUGUUUUUUAUGACUUUAUUUUAAAGAUCACUUACUAAAGUAGUAAUAAAAAGUAAUAAAUCCUAUUCAUAUCUGAGAUCAAUGAAUAGAACUUAUCGUAUUCAAAUGACUAGUCAAAUUCUGUUCUGCCUAGAUGAAAAAGCUGUCUUAGACAAUAUCUGACAACUGAAUGGGUGGGCGCAGAAUUCUGCAUAUUAGUAAACAUUUCAGUUAAUUUGGGGGCAGGUUGUCCUGGGGCCAAACUUUGA